AAAAAGAGUAAAAUAUUAAGAGAUAUUAUCAGUGUUUUGUUAUUAGAAAAAAAAAAUGGAGUCGAGGCAAGCAGUGAAAGAAGAAAGAGCAGAAGCAGCUGCAAAAAUAGCAGCAGAUGAACUUAGUGAUGUGAAUAAAGAACGAAGGGAUGAAAGUCAAAGAGAUGUUGAACAACAGAAACCCGGUGUUAUUGGCAGUAUAAUCAAAUCCGUUCAAGGUACACUUGGUCAUGCUAAAGACGCCGUCACUGGAAAAGCCCACGAAACCGCCGAAGUCGCCAGCGACACUGCUGAUAUAGCGGCUGAAAAUGCAAGACGGUCUAAAGACGCUGCAACUGAUAAAAUGGGCGAGUAUGCUGAUUAUGCUGAGGAUAAGGGUAAGGCCACUAAAGCAUCUGUUUCAGAUAAAGCACAACAAGUUAAAAAUAAAGCAGGGGAGUAUACAGAUUCCGCUGCAGACAAGGCGAAGCAAACGAAGGAUUAUGCAGUGGAGAAGGCGAAGGAGGCAAAGGAUACAACAGUAGAUAAGGCCAAAGAAGCAAAAGAGAGUGCAACUCGUAAAGCAACAGAGUACGAGGAGUAUGCAGAGGAUAAAGCUAAGGAAGCUAAGGAUGUGACGAUGCAGAAAACCGGAGAGUAUAAGGAUUAUACGGCUGAAAAGGCGAAAGAAGGGAAAGAUACUACGAUAGGGAAAUUGGCUGAGCUGAAGGAUAGUGCGGCUGACGCCGCGAGGCGGGCGAUGGAUAUGCUUACGGGUAAAAAGGAGGAAGCUCAGCAGAAGGUGGAGGAAACGGCUGAAGCGGCGAAACAGAAAGCUGAUGAGACUGCAGGAGCGGCUAAACAAAAGGCAAGUGAAACGGCGGGAGCGGCUAAGCAUAAGGCGGAUGAGACGGCGGGAGCUGCUAAGGAAAAGUAUCAUGAGAGUGAAGAAGCAACAAGAAGAAAAAUGGAGGAAAUGAAAAUGCACGAAGGUGACGAUGAUCACGAUAGAAAAGUUGCUACCGGUGGUAUUUUCGGUGCGCUUGGAAGCAUAUUAGCACCGAAACACACCACCGAUGAGACAACUACUAGAGGAGGAUCGAAGAUCGUGGUGGAUGUGGACGAUACUCGGGCAGGUAAGACUGCAACGACGUUGAAACAGGCCGAUCAGAUGACCGGCCAGACGUUCAACGACGUUGGGAGAAUGGAUGUUGAAGGGAGUAUUGCUCAAGUUGAAGCUAAGGAUUCAACUGGGAAAAAUGUGAAAGUGAAGUACUAAAAAUAGAUUAUGAAUGAUGAAUGCAUAUCUUUCUUUCUUUUUGGCUAUGUGUUUUGUGUAACUUUUGAAUUUGGUUGUAUUUUGUAUUGUGUGUUUUGGUUUGUGUUAAGAAGUUAGUAAAAUCAUAUUUCUGUUUUGUUUCUUGUGAUUAUUUACUUUUCAAGUACUCUAAAUUUAUGUAUAGCAAACUAUU